AUGGGGGUGGGCGAUUAUAUCCACUCCAGAGAAGCUGGGCAGCCUCGUGCUCCUGCCGACUUAGGUCCAUUGCAGCGCAAACUACGGGCCGAACAGGCUAAGGUCGGGUUGCCAACCUCAUACCUGGAUGCACCGAAUUCAAACAACAGUGCUGUGCCGCGGUCUUUCCAGCCAUUGAAUGCGCCCCCUGACCAAGCUAGGCCAUCUUCCGAGAACCUGCAUCCCCAAAAUGGAGAGCAAAAAGACCCAUUUGAUACCGAUGUCGAGGGCGUGGAUGAUUCGACCAUUGCUGGUACCAGUGUUUUUGGCUAUGAAGAUAGCCCGCAACAACCACAGCCAGCAUCAAAUGCAAAUGUUGAUGAGACAAUAACCUCGCCGCGGCCAUCUUACUUGCCUCGGCCAGCUCGUGGGCAACGAAACUCCUGGUAUGGAGGAGGCCUUGGCCUCGGUGAUCAACUUAUGAAGAAAGCCGGAUUCGAUACUGAUGAUGCUGGAGAUACGACCAGCCAGGCAACAUCAUCUACUGGAGGCGAUGACGAGAAGAGCGAAGAGCCCAAUACCAAGCCUUUGCCGUGGCAGGCGUCGCAUAAGCACCGCUCAACAGAAGAGCCAUUAAGCAAACGCCUUGAAAACUUUUGGUCUGCAAGCAGAAAAUCUUCGGCAAAGCCAAUGGGUAUGGUGACAACAGAGCCGCCACAAUCACCCGGCCAUGAGAACAUUGCUUCUGAAACUCAAGCACCGGCACGGAAAUUGGGCCACAUGCUUCCUCCUACCUCAGCUAGGAAGAUUAUCUUGCCUCAUAGCAUGUCAGGAACCGGAACACCGAGGACAAGAACACGUUUCAGCCCUCCGAAGCAAUCACUGUUUGAUCGUCUGGAUAUCUCGCCAACCCGCCAUGGUUCCGAGCCGCCUCCCGAAACUGGACGGACCAUCAGCAUGACGGCUUUCCAGGAGCCAGACCAUAGUGAAGAAGGGAGCCUUCAUGAUCUAGAUGAAACCAUUCGUAUCGGUAGCAGCCGAGCUAGCGAACAUUCGGUCCAUCUCUUCGAUAUGACCAACUUUAGCGACUUGGACCGCGAUGGCGAUGACGAAGACUUGUUGCGCGACCCUUUUCUAUCACGCUCUACUGCCAAGCGUGAGCGACGAAACACAGUCAUUCGCACGAACAACAAACGCCAACUAGAAGGAGACUAUCCCCCACAAGUGCUCUAUCAAAAAUCCUUUACCGAGCUACAGGCAGAGCCUUUUGAGAAGGCUCCAACCCCGACGCCUCCUCCAGUGAAAUCUCCACCACUGCCUCCUAACCCUGCCCUUCUUACCAGCAUGCAAUCACCCAAUGGAGCCGCCUCUCAGGUUCUGAGCCUGUCAGACCAAGAUCGCCAGACAUAUCUGUCUCGUAUGUCUGUCGAUGAAUGGGAGGAUUGUGGCGACCAGCUCAUUGAUCGGUUUAGUCAUCUGCUCACUGAGAUGAAGCAGUUGCGCCGGGCUCGCCGACGCACGGCUGCAGUGUUCGAGAACGAGGUUCUACGCCGCCAUGACCAGAUCGAAAACCAGGAUUCAGAGCUCUCGAUGAAACUGAACGAAAUGAGAUCCGGCGGUGUUGAGGUUCUGCGCGGACGAAGCUCAUGA